UUUUCUUUCUUUUCCUUCACAGGUGGCGCAUUGGACCCUGGCAUCGACCUUCUCGACGCGCUAAGUUUACACACAAAUUUAUCCCAAUAUCAAGGGGUUACAGUCACACAAGAGUAUCAACAUCAAAGGGUAUUUCAUUUGUCAGGUGGCGAUCGAAAUCUUGUCCUUCCGACGUCGGUUUUUCACCGGGCCGUGGACCAGAUGAAGCGGACGCCAGAUUUCACGUUUGCCGUCGUCCUGAAGCAGGAGAAAGCUAACUGUGGGGCCAUCGUUUCCUUUUCGUACGAAAACAAUAGGUAUUUAGAAUUACAAUCAAGUGGAAGACGUGACGAAAUACGUUUUCAUUACACACACAUAACAGCAGCGGGCGCGACGCAGAUCCACACCGAGUCCUUUCCGUAUCGACUCGCCGACGACGCCGAGCACAAGGUGGCGCUAACGGUCAGCGGCACCGAGGUGCAGCUGUACAUCGACUGCCAUCCACUGUAUAAACGAGUGACUCAUUUUUUACCAGAUAGAAAUUUUAGUGCUUCCAAUAUGCAAUUAUUCGUCGGACAAAGAAACUCAAAUAGUCAUUAUUUAUUUAAGGGUGAAUUAAAAGAUGCACGUAUUAUCACCGGCCCGUACGGUUAUUUAUCACAAUGUGAACUAAUGGAUGCACAAUGCCCCACCUGCGGGCAGUACUUAGAGUUAGAGAAUGCUUUACUAGGAUUAAAAGAAAUGAUUACGCAUUUAUCAAGAAGGCUAGUGGCUGCAGAGCAACGCGUUUCGAGUAUAGAGGAAUGUGAUUGUAAAAAAUCAUGCCUAAUUAAUGGUACAAGUAAAAACGAUGGUGAUAUAUGGGAUAUAGGUUGCAGUCAGUGUAAAUGUGAGCGUGGUGAUGUCACGUGUGGUCCAAGACCAUGUCCAGAGGUUAAGUGUAAACAUCCAGUAUUAGAGGAGGGUGAAUGUUGUCCUAAGUGUUUAAAAAAUUGUUAUAUUAAUAAGAAAGACUAUGAACACGGCGAGAAGCAGAUCCUAGGCUGUAGAAACUGCUCGUGCAUAAACGGCAAUAUGAUGUGUGAUAUGCUGCAGUGUCCGGAGCUCAAGUGCCCCCCGGAGCAGCAAAUGUCGGUGACGGACGAGUGCUGUAAAUUUUGUCAAGGAGUGGACUAUUGCUCAAAGGGUCACGCAUGUCAUACUAACGCUACGUGUCUUAAUCUUAACACCAAGUACACGUGUACCUGUCGCUCGGGCUUCCACGGAGAUGGGUAUGAUUGCUCUGACAUCGACGAGUGCGCUCAGCAAGGUGGUCUUAAUGGCAAUCACUGCCAUCUGAACACGCGCUGCGUCAACACGUUCGGUUCGUACGUGUGCGAGUGUCUGCCCGGCUACCGGCAGCUGGACAAGUUCAACUGCGUCGAGGUGGACGAGUGCAAGUCCGGGGAGCACAGCUGCCACCAGCACGCGGACUGCAUCAACACGGCCGGCUCGUAUCACUGCCGCUGCAAGGCGGGCUACGAGGGCGACGGGUACGACUGUAAACCGGUGUGCAAUCAAACUUGUCUGAAUGGGGGCGAAUGCCGGACGCCCGGUGUGUGUACGUGCCGUGCCGGCUAUGUCGGUGAAUCCUGCGAGAAGGAUCUGGAUGAGUGUGCGACCGGGGUGCACCGGUGUAAGGAGACAACGAACUGUGUUAACAUGCCAGGAUGGUAUUUCUGCAAAUGCAAGCCUGGAUUUGAAACCAAAGGAAAAGAGUGUGUAGAUAUAGAUGAGUGCUAUCUGAACACGCACAGCUGUCACGCGACGGCCCGGUGCGUGAACACGCAGGGACAUUUCGAGUGUGUAUGCCCGUCGUCGGCCACUGCUGCUGCCGCCGCCGUCGCCGCGGAGGAGCGGUCAUCCAGCGGGACGUUAGCCGCCUUGUCGUCCAGCAGCUUCGUCGGCGCGUCCCGCGACUGUAGGUUAAGUUGUGUGUUCGAGGACAGUGAGAUUCCGGACGGUGGGCAGAUCUCGCCCCGGAACCAACCCUGCAAGGUGUGCACCUGCUCCAGGGGGGUCAUUAGCUGCGUGGAACCACCGUGCAACUGUACGACCUGGCGGAGGGGUAGCGGGCGUGACCUGUGCUGUCCGCAGUGCGAUCCCAAAGAGUCCUGCCAGCACCAGGAGCUGAAGCACGUGACGUUCCGCAGCGGCGAGCAGUGGAUUUACCAGUGUCAGACGUGCGAGUGUCUGUACGGUGAAUUCGACUGCUGGAAGCUGGAGUGUCCACCGCUGACUUGUGAUAAUCCUUUCCCGCUGGGACCGGGUGACUGCUGUCCACGGUGUCCGGAUGACAUGUGCGGGCUGGACAACACGACCGCUGCCAACGGCAUCACCGGUGGCUCCGGGAGCUCGUGCCUGUACGACCAGCACAUCUACGCCUCUGGACAGUCGUUCAAGUACUCGUCCAGAGAGUGUGCCACCUGUUCCUGUAAGGUCCCCUACUGUGCCCAACUGGACGGUAAGAUCACCUGCCGUUACGAUGAUCGUUGUGAUGACGAUGAACUACGAAAGAUUGAAGGGCCUCCUGCAAAUGAUAGUGUUAAGGAUAGUAUUUCUAAUAGUAAAUCAUCGCAAACAACGACCCCAAAGACAUCACCGCAACCGAAGGAAGACUACAGCAGUAGUCCCGCCACAACGACAGCCACGACUAUGCCACCAUCAUCAGCAGCAGCAGCUGUGGCUACUCCAGAGCAACAAAUUCAAUCAGCUUCAUCUACCACAUCAGCAUCAGCAAUACCAAAGCCAAGUUCUACCCGCACGACGCAGCAACAGCAGCAGCAGGAGGCACAACAUCAGUCGAAGUCACGCUCCAGAAACCCAUCACAUACAGCGAAGAAGCUACUCAAACGAUCGCUAUCAUCCGAUGCGACCGCCAUCCUCGAGACCACCCCGUUUGCCACACCUCUCCGAAGGUACAUUGGUAACUAAGCUCAUCACAUCGAGGAACGAGCUGGUCAGUCCCACGAUCAUCACCCGACGGUAAGCGCAGUUCGCACUCCCUUCGACUCCCAGGCUCCUGUCCCAUACUCAAAUUCAUCGAUAUUCUCUCGUAACAAACCAUUGGCCCCAAGUCUCAGCCACACCCACGAAAUGCUCCAAGAUGUUUAUGUGAACGCCUAUGUUACCUGCGUAGUUACGUGUACAAUUGUUUUGUAAUUUGAACAAGCGGUUGAGCCAAUUUAUCAAAACACAAACAAAUCACAUUCAUAGUAAGGCGAGUUUUUUAGAAAUUCCUGAAACAAAAGAAAAAGUUAGCCACUUUGUACUUAAAAUGCAGUUUUUAACUCCAAAUACAAAUGAAAUCUAGAAUACGGUUAUGACACUAAAGUAAAUCGCCCAAAACGACAAAAAAACAAUACUUUAUACCAAAUUCAAUCCAAAAUCUACCGUCAGCGAAAUUUCUCUCAAACAUUUAUUCUCCAGUUCUCGCUCUAUCUUUCAGUCUUUUCAAUCAAUCAAAUGGUCUCGAACGAAGAAAGCAGACGAACAAAAAAAAAGUUAAACGAAAAAUAAGACACGAAAAAUGUAACCAAGCGCAUCAAGUAAGAAGUCAAUAAGUAUAUAUCAAAGACGUUGAAAAUUGCAAACAAACAAGAGACAAAAAAACAACACAACAACGCUUAGGAGGUCUAUAACGAAAGUUCGCUAAAUGAAAUGAAACCCAAAUCAAAAGAAAGCUGGUCUCGGGGGGAUCGGUUCGUUGUUAGCUAUGGAGGAGUGCGAGUAAAAGCAUAUAUACUUUUGUCCAGUUGAAGCGAAAAGGCUUCGAAAAGGUGAGGUUGAUUGGAACGAAUUCCAUGGAAGUGUUUCAUUUUCGGAUUUCAUUUAGCAUCAAGUUAUGCUUGGAAGAUACGUUGGUGGUUUAUUGUCAAUGAAGUAACCUAUUCUUCAGGUUUUUAUAAUUCAAGCAUUGUCUCAAAAGUGGUUCAUGUUCCAUCAUUUGCCGUCUCAAACAGAUUUCGAUUGACUCCUCUCUAGAGCCACCAUAUGAUAUAUAAUUCGACAAAGGUUACUAUCAUGACUCGUAAGCCAGUUCCAUCUGCAUUUCCAUUCAAAUUGAGUUAAUGCCUGUUACCAAUCUCUUUUGUUUUCUAUGUUCUUAGUGUCUUAAAAAAAAUAAAACAUUCAUUAGUGUUUGAUUCGUGCACACAAAACUUUGAAUAGUUUGAAUGAUGAAUGACUCAACAUUUGCCACGGCAAGGAAAUAGCUACCGCUCUUGAUUGAAAAGCGUCGAUCAAAGAGAAGCAAUUUUUUUUUCGUUUGGGGGAAAAUGCUUCAUAUUUUAAGCAGUGUAGUGCAGUCCUCUCUGGAGCCACCAUGUAAUACUAUCUGAGACCCGAUAUUUUAUGAACUUGACCUGGUUGGCAUUUCUACGACAGUCUGCAUUAGUAGAGCGUCUAUAGAUUUUGUCGAAGUUUACUGCCGUGAACCGCAAGUCAGACCCAUAGGCAUUUUUAACAAAAUUUAGUUAAGGACUGGGCACUUGGAGUACAUAUCACAAAUUUUGUAGAGCACCGUUUUAAAGAACCGUUCAACAGAUAAAGCUGAAAACGCAUUAUGAUGGUUGUUCAUUGUUCAAUCAUUGUCAACAUCGGGAUGCAUUUUAACCCAAAUGUUAAGAGUUAAAAGUAUGGGAGAUACAUAUGUUAUGUCUUUGACAGCACAUACCGUGCGUUUUACUCACUUGUUGACAGGUUAAGACAUCUCAGCUACUUAUUCGUGUUUCCUUUAUUCGUCCAAAAGCUUUUGAGCAAAUGUUGCUGGAGCUGCUUUGGAUUGGAAACAUGAUCAUCGAAAUAUUACCGCACCUAAUUUUAUCGAAAAAUGUGUGCUGAAUACAAGGAUUUGAAGACGGAAGAGGGAAUUAUCGCAGAGGGAACAAAAAUACUUUAUCAACUAUGGAAUAGCUCUGGGAUAUCGGGUUGGAAAUUUAAGCUGUAAUUGUUUUGCAGUCAUUUUUUAUAUUGAGGAUAACGCGGAAGAUAAAAUCAGCGCACGCUGAUAGCACAUUCUGGGGCAUGAAGCUGCUUAAGGCGAAACUGGAAGCAUUUCCUCAUUUUUUCCAAAACCGGUUUUCGUACACGUGUAGAACAUGGAUCACAGUAUCUUCUGAUUUUUUUUCGUGGUGGAGAAUGUUUUCCAUUUUUGCAGAAAACCGAUUCUGAAAAUAUUGCUUCGUAAUUUAAUAAAAAAUCAAAAAUCAAAAAAUGAAGAAACGCUUCCAGUUUUGCCUUGAGCAGCACAACCAUGAGUUGUUGAGUAACAUUUUAAUCGUUGAAAUCACAAUAGCUACUAAAAUAAGCAAAAAAGUUCCACCUAACAACAGCUGGAGUGUGCAAAGACGAGGAAGUGAAAACGUUAAGAGAGCGAGAAGCAGGUCAAAAUCUUUUUUUUUUGUGUUGCCUUGCUCGACAAGGCGUUACGCCUCUUCGACGUUAUUUUGUCAAAAGCUGCUGUGAGGUAACAUUAUAGUAAAGAAUAAAAAUAUAAAGAAAGGCAACUCUGCCCUUUUUCUAUGUUAACGUCAAGCGACAAGACAAGUGGCGCUUUCUAGGCGUAUUGAGAUAGAAGCUCUCUUUAUUAGUGUUCGUGAUCUGUCAUAAAAGAAGAUGCUGCGCGUAUGUUAUUGCCUCCGCAUGCAAGUAGAAACACAUACAAUUACAUGGUGAUUCAACUUUGAUCCAGAGAUAGUGAUGUGGAAGUGUCUCCCCGACCACCACGGGAAUGAGCAUUCUUGAUAUUAUUAUUCUUUGAUUAUAGGCACAUACAUACAUACGGUCAAUUUGUCAAUGUCGUACCGAACUAGUUUCAGUCGAAUCCUCUCUGGAGCCACCAUAUAUUAGAUAGCGAUAUAUGUUGUGUUGUGGCUCCAGAGGCUCAGUAAAAUAGAAAAACAACAUCACGUCAAAUUUUCCCAUAAUGAAAGUACUCGAAAAGCAGCCCCACAAUAGAUUUUUAUACUGAGAAAAUGUAAAGCUAAUUUAGUUUUGUUUACAGUUAUGUAUUGAACGUUUCCGUGUCUUUUAAUGUAUUGAUGUUCAUGAUAGCUGUAGUAUUUUUCAAGUCAUCGCGAGAGUCCAUUUCUUAAUGCCUACUUUUUGCAUUGCUAUGGUAGUGUAAGUAGUAUAUAGUAAACAUUUGAAAAGAUACACAUUGAAUUUGAGUCGAUUAGCUUCCUCACAUUGGAGUGAAAUCUUGUCGGAUAAGUGAGAACUUUCAAUUUUAACUGCUUUAGAAUUUUUAUUUCAAGCAAUAAAAUCCGAUUUGAGAUGCAUCUAUGGAAAUUAGUUCCAAUCAAACAAUACCGGUAGUCACAAAAAACAUUCCUGACCUAACAAAUUGAUCGCAAACAAAAUUGCUGACGUUGAUAGUAUUGCAAGGAAUGUAACGUGUUGAAGUGUGAGGCAGAAUGCAGUGAAAAAAUGUCGAAACCAGUAUGUAUAAGAAUAAACAAAAACGUUUGCAACUGUACAUAAUAGUUGAAUAGUAUGUAAAAAGCCCCUAUUACUAAACAAACAAAAAAAGUGGCGCAUAACCCUGUUCGUACAUUAUUUAUUUCUUUGCGCGUGACGUGACCGUGAUUGUUUCUAUCGAAACAGCAGCGUGGCUUAAGUGUAGUUUUGGUUUACUUACCAAUACCGAGUGACUACUACCAAGAUAUGCACUUUACCCAAGUGUUGACCCUUACCCAAUACAGAUACAUUGCUACAAUUGAAUGUGUAAGCCGCUAUUGUUUCAAUGUUUUCGUUCACAACCGGUCAAUUGUCCCAUUCUAGUCAACUUCAGUUAAUUAUUAAGUGUAACUUAUUUAUUACCAAGUCUUAUUUUCGGUACCAAAACAUUUUUUCUCCUCAUUUACAUUUACGCUAUUAAAGUAAUAGAAGGACAGUGAACAAGAAUAAACAACACGAAACAAUCAAACACAUUCGCUAGGAAGGUAAAGAAAGAAAGACGAUAUUUUGAUUACAGUAAGAAAGUGCAUUUUUAUUUGUAGGAAAAAAAGUGUAAAAAUAAAUAGAAGAAAUUCUAACUGUUAACAAUCAGUAACGAAAAACGAAAACCAUAACGACAUUUUGGAGACUCUAAUAAAAUACAUGAAAAAGAGGGUUGAAGCACACACACACACUGAACGAAAGUUUAAAAAAAAUUGACUAAUAACAACAACCAAUACCAGUCAGCUCGAAAAUAAGUUUGUUUUCCCGAACACAAGCGCAAGUCGAAAAAGAAAAUAUGAGUUCCUUAUCUCCAAUAUCCGAUACCACAAAUGCUAUGAAGAUGAAUCAAUACUGAAAGUUUUAAUGAUUGAACCAGUUGAAUAAGAGACGAGAAGAAAGAGUAAAUCAAAUAAACGAAUGAAAAGAGGAAAAAUAUAAGAUAUGUCUGUGUGUGUACUUUUAGAGCAAACCACACCUAUAUUGCAACUCAAGUAAACGAUAGUAUAGUUUACGUACUCGAGCUCGUCAAACCACAAACAAUAACAACCAAUGUAACUGAGAAAAUAAACCCAUAGAAAACCAUCGCAAUUUACUGCAUCAGAGUUUACAUGUAGAAAUUUGUUUGUGUUCAACUCGUGUGACAGCCGCGGUUUUCUGUCAUGCCUUUCGACCCGACAAUUUGCGUAUUUGGUGUGCCUGUAAAUAUUGUACGCGAGAAGCAUAGUAGGUAUAUAUGGUAUAAACGUUCUGCGCUGUUAUUUUAUUUUUUGCCAAGCAAAAAUCAGCUCCAAUUAACAAAGAAAGUGUGAAUAAAACACAAACAAAAGUGCAGAACUCACAAGCACACUAACACGUGUGGGCGUUAGUAAUUGCAUUUCGACAACGGAAACAACAAUGAACAAAAUGCUCUCUGUUUUUAGACUGUGUAUUUGAAGAUACUCUCCUAAGUUUUUGGCCUUUUGAUGAAUGCAAUGUAGCAUGGCGCCGGUGAGAUAUAGAUUGCGCUGUAUUCAACGUCAGAUUAAAUAGAACAGACGAACAAAACUGUAAUAAAGAAAAUCAUACAAUAAAAUUUAACUCUAAAUUGAACUAAACAAAAUGUAUGGUAGGACAAAAAUGAAUUAACUGUCAUGUAACUAUCACUAGUUAAGUUUCUAAUCCUAGCGAGUAUAAAUAAAUUCCUGUAAAUACUAGUUAAUAAAAUUUAAAAAAGUAAUGGAAAAACAACAAAAAUUAGAAUCCAUGGUGACGAAAGGUAGGAAGACGAAGACAAUGUAACGAAGGUCAUUCAGGAAAUCGAAUGAAACCCACUCGUUUCGAUAGUUUAGAGCAUGGAGACACUGAAACCGAAUGAAAUUACUAAACAGCAGAAAACAGUUCAAGACAGACGUGGAAACGGAGAAACAAUUAUGAACAAAAGAACAGUGUAUAGUGGUUAGAAAAUUGUAAUUUUAUUUGGUCUUUAUAUUUAUAUUAAAUAUAUAUUUUAACAAUUUCUUUUAAUAAAACAAGCCAAUUAAAUGAACAAUUA